UGCUACUAGAGUUGCGCCGGGGGUGGGGGUUGUGUAAAACCAUGCUAAGUAACAACUGAACAACGGCUAAAACCGGGAAAAAACAUAAAAUAAAAACAUGAAUUUCUAACACGACGUAAAAUGUAGACGAAUUCGAAUUUAUAUCGACAUGCAUUAGAAAGUCGAAGGGGUAAAAAACAUGAGACCAAAUGUGACGACCAUAUCAUGCUAAGUAGUAGCUGAAUGACAACCAAAUUCGAAAUAAAAAACGUAAAACAAAAACUAAUUUUGCUUUUGUGAUAAUUUUAUAAAAACAAAAGUUUUAUUAUAAAAAUUGAAAAACCUUAAAGUUUAGUAUGCAAAUUAGAGUAAACUGCAAUUUUACCCCCUGAGGUUAGGGGUCAUUGGCAUGUCUACCCCCCUAAGGAAAUAAUUGCAAUUUUACCCCCCACUGUUUGGGGUUAUGUCGCACUUUUACCCCCCGGACCAAGUUUCCGUUAGAUGUUAGUGACUUCUGUUAAUGGUCAAAGGGCAAUUAGGUAAUUUCGCUUUAGUGUUGACCUGCAACCUCAUUUAAUCACCAAUUCAUCACUUUGAAACCCUGAAGUAAACCUAAAUCGAAAUAGAAGACCUCUGCACCGGUGAUCAGGCAUUCUUCAACAAUUACAGCAGAUAAGAAGUCUGUUACGAGCAUGGAUCUUCGAUUGUGGAAGAUACGAGCUGAAGAUCAGUAUUUCGAACAGGGUGAAAUGUACUGUAAGUGACAUGCAAGCUCAAAGGGGUCUGAAUUAGGUAAAAGUUUAGCUUUUCUCUGUGUUAAUUUGUUGUUGAUUUGUGUUUACAGGAGAAACCCCAUCUCAAUUUACCAUUAAAAUUCACCAUGGAGGUAGUUUUGUAGAAAACCCAAAUAGGAGAUACCUUGGUGGGAAGAUGAACUACAUUGAUCAUGUAGAUUGUAGAGUGUUGAAUACUGAUGUUUUAAAGGAGAUGGUUAAGAAAUUAGGAUACGAUGAUGGUUUGUUUUUCUGCAUUCAUUACAAGGAACCGUACUGUUCGUUGGAUUUUGGUCUUAGGACAUUAAAAUGUGAUGCUGACUUACUAGGGGUCUUUGCUAAUGUGCGUCAAGGAGCCAACAUGAUAGACAUGUAUGUUGAACACGGGAUGUCAACAAUAUUGGAAAAUACAAGUGAAGGUCCUGUAGGGGCAUGUAAAGCAAUUGUUCCAGCAUCAUUUACAAUAAAUAAUCAGAAUCAUAGUAUGAAUGAAGAUGAAGAAGAGAGUGAAGGAAGUGAUCCUGAUUAUGAGUAUGUUGAGGAAGAUAACUUGGUUUAUGAAAUAGAGGUGGAUAUGCAGAGGUUCAGGGCUAAUGUUGAUUUUACUAGGGAAGAGCUGGAUGGUUCAAGUGAUGGGGAUCAUGAUGAUGACAGAAGCGAAGAAGGUCAUGUGCCUGUAGACCUGGAGGAUUUUGAAAGUGGAUCGGAUGAAAAUUUAACCCUUAGAGAUAAGGUUGCCAGGAAGAUAAGGAGGAGAAACAAGAGUGCUUCAAAAGGUCCAAAUGAUCUGCCAUUCUAUAUUGGUCAGCUUAUUGAUGACAAGAAAAAGAUGAAUCAGAUGGUGAAAGAUUAUGCUCUUAAGGCAAGGAGGGAUGUGUUUAUUCUAAAAAAUGAAUUGUUAAGGUAUAUGGUAGUAUGUUUUGGAAGCAAUCCACCACUACUUGGUCCUGUAAAAAGAAAGGGAGAAGAGGGGCAAAAUAGUAAAUGCACCAAAGUAGGGCAAAAAUACAAGCACCUUAAAAGGCAUACCAAGCCCACAUGUCCUUGGGCAGUUCACAUCUCAAGGAACAUAGAUAAGGAUAAGUGGUGUGUGAAGACCAUUCAUAAUCAACACAAUUGUUUGACAACAAGGGACGUUUCUUUGUAUACAAUGAGUUCGAUUUCCAAAGAGAUCCAACCUAUGAUUGAAAGCAAUCCAGACAUGCCAAUUCAAGCAAUCCAAAGUCAACUGCUUCGGAAGCAUCAACUUGAAAUAUCACUACAUAAGGUCUUCAGAGCCAAAAGGAUAGCAACUACGAAGAUCUAUGGUGAUUACCAAGAACAGUAUGGUCUGCUAAGGUCAUACUGUGAUGAACUUCUAAAAGCCAACCCAGGUAGUACAAUUUAAAUUGAUGUGGAGCCAUGUGGGAACUCAGCUAGUCCUACAAGGCAGUUUCGGAGGGUUUAUUUUUGUUUUGCCUCUAUGAUGAGAGGAUUUAAGAUGAUUGGAAGACCAUUGCUGGGUAUGGAUGGUUGUUUCAUGAAAGGUCCAUUUCGUGGACAGAUCUUGAGUGCUGUAGGUAUUGAUGGGAACAAUAGCAUAUAUCCAGUUUGUUAUGCCCUUGUUGAGGCAGAAACAACACAAACCUGGAAAUGGUUUUUGCAACUGUUGAGAGAUGACCUAGGGUGUACGGUUAACUCUUGUUUCACCUUCAUCAGUGACAGACAAAAGGGUCUGAUUCCAGCUAUGCUAGCUGUUUUUCCUAAUGCUGAGCACAGAUUUUGUUUGAGGCACAUUCAUGAGAACAUGAAAUCCAAGUGGCGUGGAGAUCUUUACAAGAAUUUGCUUUGGUCAGCCGGAAGGAAGACAUCUAUUCCAUACUUUAACAAAGCUAUGGAAGAAAUUAAGACAACAGAAUGAGCUAUGUAUGACUGGCUGAAUGAGAUCCCAUUCACCGCUUGGUCAAGAGCAUAUUUUUCUGGAAGAGCUAAAUGUGACAUGUUGCUGAACAACAUAUGUGAGGUUUUUAACAGACAAAUCGUAGGAGCAAGGGACAAGCCGAUUAUCACAUGCCUAGAAUUCAUUCGGGAGUACAUGACCAAGAGAAUAGUGAAUGUCAAGAAAUUACAAGCAAAGUGUAUGGGGCCACUCACUCCUCAUGCCACUGAGGUCUUCGAUGAGAUCAAGAAACAGGCUGCUGAAAUGUCUGUUUUAAUGGUUGAUUCGGACAAGUAUCAAGUCACAGGUCCGAGAUCACAGUGUGUUGUGAAUGUUAAAAAUAAAACUUGUGCAUGCAGGAAGUGGGAUUUGACAGGGAUGCCUUGCAAACAUGCAGUUGCAGCCAUAUGGGAUAUGUCAAGGAAUAGCAUUGAUGCUGGCAUACCAGAAGAAUGGGUGGAUGAAGUGUAUUGGCUGUCAACAUGGAAGAAAUUUUAUUACAAUGUCAUAGAGCCAAUCAACGGGCCGGAGAUGUGGACUCCUUCAGAGUGUCCAACAACACUCAUCCCACCAAAGCAUCAUACACAAGUUGGAAGGCCAAAGAAUAAAAGAAAGAAGGCAUAUGGUGAAAAAGAGCUUGAGCAGGAGUUCGACAAAGGAAGUAAAAUGAACAGAAAGGGUAGUAGCAUCAAGUGUGGUAAAUGUGGGAAUAUGGGUCACAAUGUCAGGAGCUGCAAAGGACAAGGGGCUGAACAAUCCAUUGCUUCACAGGAAUCACACACUGCCACUCAAGGUGCACCAGUUUACAAUCUUGAUGAGUGAUGGAUGGUUUGUAAGUUUAGACUAUGUUUGUUUGUUUGUCAAGUUCGUUCAAGAUAAUGUUUGGUUUGUACCUUUAUGUUUCGUUUGUUCAAGACAAUCUUAGGUUUCUACCUUUAUGUAUGGUUUGUUCAAGACAAUGUUAGGUUUGUCAACUUUGGUUUGUACCUUUAUGUAUGGUUUGUUAAGUUUGU